UACGUGAAAUUUACAUGUAUACGUUUUUAUAGACCAACUACUUUGAGGCUCCCUGCAUAACUGUAGUGCCAUUUCAGACGGUGGCAACUGUUCCAUUGUUCCAGCUUCAGCAGAUAACUGGAAACGCAUACAAAGCUAAGCCAAACAAUUAGGUUCACAACCUUCUGGAACUAGUUAUGCACGUUAGUUAUACACAAUAUGCUUUACAAAUAAAUUGCAUUUCAACCCUCUCACUUUUUCCAAAACAUGUCAACCUGCAAAGAACCAGUAAAAGCAAGGAAUAAAUUAAUUACCCCCAUCUUACCACUGUUGAUUUUAAAUUGACCCUUUCUGUUUGGGGAAACAUUAAUAUAAUAAUAAAAAUAAUGAGUAAAUCUCAUUUGGGGUUAAUGCCUUUAUUUUACAUCAACAUAACAUCAGGGUUUCCGCCACGUUCAUUUCAGUGCGGCGGUCCGCCACGCCUUCGUUCUUCCCCGCCACCCUUCGUGAAAAUUCGGAGCCCGGCGUUUUUCCCGCGCUUGAUCAGCGUUGCCCCGCCCUCUCUCGUUUCUGACACUGGAAUUUGAUCAUCUCGACAGGACACCGGCUGUCAAACUGGACAACUGAAUCCGAGAAUAAACAACCAGGAUAUUUAAUAAAGAACAGUGUUAAACUGCUGAAAGAGGUGAAGCACAAGCCAUCCAGAAGAAUCUCCUGAAAACGCAGAAAUUGUUUGCUACAUUUCACAGACAGAUGGAGCCAAGUCCCGACAUGGAGAAACAUCAGCACUCUGUCAAGAGUUUUACUAAACAGAGUGAUCUCAAAAAACACCAGCGCAUUCACACAGGAGAGAAACCGUAUCACUGCUCAGACUGUGGGAAGAGUUUUAAUCAACAGAGUAAUCUCAAAAAUCACCAGCGCAUUCACACAGGAGAGAAACCGUAUUACUGUUUCGACUGUGGGAAGAGUUUUACUCAACAGAGUCAUCUCAAAAUACACCAGCGCAUUCACACAGGAGAGAAACCGUAUUACUGCUCCGAUUGUGGGAAGAGUUUUACUGAACAGAGUACUCUCAAAAAACACCAGCGCAUUCACACAGGAGAGAAACCGUAUCACUGCUCAGACUGUGGGAAGAGUUUUAAUCAACAGAUUACUCUCAAACUGCACCAGCGCAUUCACACAGGAGAGAAACCGUAUCACUGCUCAGACUGUGGGAAGAGUUUUACUCAACAGAGUAAUCUCAAAAAACACCAGCGCAUUCACACAGGAGAGAAACCAUAUUACUGUUUCGUCUGUGGGAAGAGUUUUACUAAACAGAGUCAUCUCAAACUGCACCAGCGCAUUCACACAGGAGAGAAACCGUAUCACUGCUCAGACUGUGGGAAGAGUUUUAAUCAACAGGGUCAUCUCAAAAUACACCAGCGCAUUCACACAGGAGAGAAACCGUAUUACUGCUCAGACUGUGGGAAGAGUUUUAAUCAUCAGAGUACUCUCAAACUGCACCAGCGCAUUCACACAGGAGAGAAACCGUAUCACUGUUUCGACUGUGGGAAGAGUUUUACUAAACAGAGUAGUCUCAAACUGCAUCAGCGCAUUCACACAGGAGAGAAACUGUAUUACUGUUUCGACUGUGGGAAGAGUUUUAAUCGUCAGAGUAAUCUCAAAAUACACCAGCGCAUUCACACAGGAGAGAAACCGUAUUACUGCUCAGACUGUGGGAAGAGUUUUAAUCAACAGAGUGAUCUCAAAAAACACCAGCGCAUUCACACAGGAGAGAAACCGCAUCACUGCUCCGAUUGUGGGAAGAGUUUUACUGAACAGAGUAGUCUCAAAAUACAUCAACGCAUUCACACAGGAGAGAAACCGUAUCACUGCUCAGACUGUGAUAAGUGUUUUACUACACAGAGUAAUCUCAAAAUACACCAGCGCAUUCACACAGGAGAGAAACCGUAUUACUGUUUCGACUGUGGGAAGAGUUUUACUCAACAGAGUAAUCUCAAAAUACACCAGCGCAUUCACACAGGAGAGAAACCGUAUCACUGUUCAGACUGUGGGAAGAGUUUUACUUUACAGAGUGAACUUAUAUUACAUCAGUGCAUUCACAAAAGAUAGAAAAGUAUCCCAAAUCUGUUCCUCUGCCAUAAAAAAUGCAAACCUUAAAUCUUUCAGACAGCCAAAAACACCUCAUCAUGCACAAAAUCUUCAGUCUGUUACAAGAACUUCAUUUAAAAAUGGCUUUUUACAGGUUCAGAAAAAUGAAUCUUAUC